AUGGCUAUUACAGAAACCAAAUUGUUUAGUUAUACGGUUUUGUUGCCAGCAUUCGCAAGGCAGCAAUUGACAAACUUAAAUAGCUGUCAGGUAUGUAGUUACAAAUCUUUUACCUGUCCGAGCUUUCAUGACUGUAACAAGUACCCCUCAAACCUUCAGACAUCUUACAACUUUACAGGGUCUGAAACAACUAAUGAAGGAUGUGCUGGAAUAGUUAAAGCACAACCUGUACAUUCCAAAAAUCCUGCACAACACUAUGCAGACGUGUGCUUCCUGGAGACAGUGGACAAUGUAUCUGUUUCUCAUGCAUUGAAAGGAUCAGUAGAAUGUGUAAGAGUUGGUGGAGGUGUGGAUGAAGGGCCCGGUCAUGAAGAAGUGCAGCUAUUCUGGACAAACAGACAUCUAGAAAAACCAACACGCAUGCCGUUGAUUACUAGUCGGGACAGGGGAAAUAGCACUUUGAAUCGAGUGGAACUGCAGAAUGGAAUGGAAGGGCGUGCCAGAAGUGGCUUGUUUAUUCCAUCAACACUGCAUGGAUCUUAUAUGGAUACAUCAACUGGAAUGAUAGACAAUGAAAUGUUGACAAAAAAUCUAAAUUGUGCUAUAGAUCUUUACAAUAAUGCUCCUUGAGCAAAAACAACAAUUCAGUUUUUCAAAGGACCGGAUAGUUCAAUGGAACAAAGAAUAAGACAUGUCUUUAAAAAGUAGAAAAAUGGAACAAUAGCUGAAAAGGAGAGGCAAAAGGUGGAAAAUAAGGAGCUUCUAGAUGAGGUCAUAUUAUGGGAUUUGAGAAGUAGACAUCUACAGAGUCAUGGUCCAAGAAAAUGUAGUAUACUACUAUCAAGAUGGCUGCAUCCACCCAUUGUGUAGGCGAGGCAAACCAGAUGACAAUGACAUGUGUAUGCUGUGGUUUCCUGGUGGACCACCUCUCACCUACCUGCCUUUCCCGGUGCCUGAUGGGGACAAAAGACCAGGAAGCUGUCCUAACCAUGAGCACUGCGGUGGUCACUUUCUCCCACCAAGUCAAGUCGUUGAAAGAUUGCUUGG